UUCAGAUACGUGGCAUUGAAAGAACCAUUCGGUUUGAUCACACAGAUCAUGGCGGCGAUCUCUUCCGAGGCGUUCCCGAGGCUCGGCGUUGCGAACGCAUGCCCAUCGCCGUCCCGCGAGCGCGCCAGCGCGCAUUUCCUCCACAGCGGCCCCUCCAUCAGGUCAAUUGCCACUGCUACUAGGUUGUCUCUGGGUGCCAGGCACAGAUUGCAGGCUUUGGCGUCGGAUGGGAACGACGAAUGGGGCGAGGGUGCCGCUGAGAAGAAGGGUGCCGCGAGCAAGGCAGGGAAUGGAGUAGGAACUGCGGUGGCCGACGAGAAAGAGAAGGAUGGCGAUACAGAGGGGCUUAAGAAGGCGCUGCUGGAUUCUUUGUAUGGAACAGAGCGAGGUCUUAAAGCUAGCAGCGAGACUAGAGCCGAGGUGAAUGAGCUCAUCACUCAGCUAGAAGCUAAGAAUCCAACUCCAGCUCCGACCGAAGCAUUGGCCGUGCUCAAUGGCAAAUGGAUCCUCGCAUACACUUCUUUCUCGGAGCUCUUUCCUCUCUUAGCAGCGGGAACUUUGCCGCUGGUAAAAGUUGGAGAGAUCUCCCAGACUGUUGAUUCCAACGCACUGACAGUCCAAAAUUCUGUGAGUUUUGUGGGUCCUUUGGCAACCACAUCGUUUAGCGCAUCAGCUUCGUUCGAAGUCAGGAGUCCAAAGCGCGUGCAAAUUAAAUUCGAGGAAGGAGUGAUUGGAACACCGCAGCUCACAGAUUCCGUUGAACUCCCCGACACCGUGGACUUCAUGGGACGUAAAAUCGAUCUCACACCAGCUCAAAACGCUCUUCGUCCCCUGCAAGACGCUGCGAACUCGGUGGCGCGCACACUCUCAGGUCAGCCACCUCUUAAGUUUUCGAUACCAGGCAACAAAGCCCAGUCGUGGCUGCUCACCACUUACUUGGACGAGGACCUGCGAAUCUCCCGUGGCGAUGGAGGGGGUGUCUUCUUGCUCGUCAAGGAAGGCAGCCCCUUGAUACCAUCGUCGUGGUAAUUUUUUCUACUCAAAAGCUUACAAUCAAUAUAAGGUUUUGGUUUCAGAGAGAA